AUGCCAACCUCAACAUCCCUGGCCUGCUACAAUGGUGGCAGACGGUGCCGGAUCCCCCCAAACCCGCCUGGUUACCCCCCGCGCAACCACGAGUUUUUACCCUUCUACCGUCGUCCCGACCCCCUGCUAGCCCCCACCCCAUAUCAAUCUGGCCAGGACAUUCCAGAUCUCCCUCCGUCGGACCAUACCCGCUACCUACUUAACUUCCUUUCCCCCGAGACAUUAGACUCCGUACUAGAAGCUGGCAUCACUAUUGAUACCCCUUUUCCCAUUGCCCAUGACCAAUUAUUAUCCUUAUUUGGCAAGCCUAUUUCCGAAUCCGCUGCCGGUGCCCAGUUCUAUCAACUCGAGCAGACCCCCCAACGGUCAGCUAUGGAGUUCGCGAAAGAACUUCAACGGCUGGGUCGCCUCGCCUACCCGAUAACACCCCCGAUGUCACGGGAUCAAAUUGUGUUGGAUCGGUUUAUCGCCGGUCUGCGGGACCGGGCGGUCACUGAACACUUGGUUAUCAGUCGCUCCCUAAACCUGACAGCAGCACUUCAGAUCUUCAACCGGUUAACGGAGUUCCGUAGCCAAGAAGAGAAGCGCAAGGUGACCGUCCCAGCCCCGUCCCGGUCCAGUCUCGUCGUCAUUUUCAACCCCAGUCCAAACGGCCGUCAAGAGACUCCUACCCGUCCGGUUCCCAAAUCACAACCCGCAGUGUCAAUAUUGUUCAGCCUUCGGUCCCCGGGCACAGCAAUGUGGACAUAA